UGCCUUCAUCUCCUGCUGACCUGAGGAUGGUGCUGGUGGGGAAGACUGGAUCAGGGAAGAGUGCAGCAGGAAACACCAUCCUGGGAAGAGAACGCUUUGAAUGUGGGGUUUCACCUAACUCUGUGACAAAAGAGUGUCAGAUAGAUGAGGUCAUGUCAGGGGAGAAGACCAUCUCAGUUACUGACACACCAGGUGUGUGUGACACAGAAAUAGGUGAUAAGUCUUUGAGGCAUGCGCUGGAAAGCUGUAUUUACAUGACAGCUCCUGGACCCCAUGUGUUCCUGCUAGUGAUCAGUCUUGGGGUUAGAUACAGCAAGGAAGAGAAGGAUGCAGUGCAGUGGAUCUGUGAGAACUUUGGGAAGGAAGCUUUACAGCACGCAAUCAUACUCUUCACCCACACUGAUGGGCUCAAAGGCACAACCUUAGAGCAGUAUGUUGAUGAAAGUGGUUAUGAUCUCCAGAACCUCAUUAGUGAGUGCGAAGGAAGAUUUCAUGGAUUUAACAAUAAUGACAUAAAUCCACAUCAGGUCACUGAACUGCUGCAGAAAAUUGAAGACAUGGUGGAGAGCAACAGAGUGAAGGGAAGAAAGCACUUUACCAAUGAGAUAUAUGAGAGAGCCCAGAAACAUAUUGAAAAGGCCAGGAGACUACAGAAGGCAAAAGAAGUCGCACUGAGAUGCACUGUGCAGUAG